AUGUCAAAUCCUAACGAGCCAUUGACGAAGCAAGAUUUGAGUUGGUUGCUACCCCUGAACAAGAAAUAUUAUGGAGAUUUUAAUGACGGAGUUGACUGCUGCUUGGAGUUAGGUGAUGAUACUGCGAAUGGCAUAAGGGACAUGUUAUAUACAGAAACUAAGACUAAAAAAUAUGCCAAUAACAUUGUGGAAGCCUGGUGUUGUGCGUACAAAGAGAAGAAAAGGGGAACUCCACAGGAUGAUACACCUUGCCGUUUUCUAUAUUACUGGAUAGGGAAUAAGGUACUUCCGGAUAGGACGAAUAGUUCAUGGGGAGAAAUUAUGGACGCCAUUUAUAACGAACUCAAAGAUCCUCAAAAACGGGACACUUGUAAAAUUAUUUACUCUGACAUAGACCAAACCACUUUUGCCCACAUGAACAAAUUAUAUGAUUACUAUAAAGGCUAUGAUAAAAUAAAGGAGCAUUUACAAUUCCGUGAUUCCCGUUGUGAUAAAGGCUUUCACGAUUACCUGGAGGAACUUUUCUCGGCGGAGAGGUACAUGUAUGGCAUAUGUGAUGGAAGCAAUACUAAGCAAUAUUGUAAGGACUUCAGGAGUAUGAAGGAAAAGGAGGGGUAUAAGGAUCUACUCGACAAGAAGUGCACCGUACCGAAACCUUCUGCCGGUGACGACUUCCAUGUUGGUGUUGCACCAGGAGUAGGUGUUGCUCCAGGAGUAGGUGUGGGUGCUGGCAUUCCGGGUUUAGGUGUUCCAGGUGCAGGGGUUCCAGGAGCUGUUAGUCCUGCUGCAGCUGUUUCCAGUAGAGGUUCUGAUGGGACCCCAUUUUCGAAGCAUUUACCUUCAAGGACCGACUUCUACGAUAAAUUCGAAUUGCCCCCUAAGAACAAAUGUAAUUAUGGAAACAUUAAAUCUGGAAAUUGGGAAACUGAAUUGAGGAGUAAAAUAAAAGUGUUCAACGGAAUCCAAGCUUUGGAGAGUCUGAUCGCGAAUGCUUACUGUAGAGCAUCUACAAUGAAGAAACAGUCACCAACCCAUGAUAAUACCCCUUGUUAUUUCUUUUAUCACUGGGUGGGAAAAGAAAUCCGCGGGAGUCUACAGGGGCAUGCAUUAUCAAACGUUUUACAACAAAUUUACGAUACGCUAAGAAAUGUUAACGGCGAGCACAAAUGUGAAGUUAAUUACAAAGAUGUUGACAAUGAUGACAAAGACACUUUCAACCAUAGGAAAAAAGUAUUCGAAAAUUACCACGAUUUUAAUACCGUAAAAGGGAUGUUACAUAAGGAUGACCCCGGAUGUGAACAGAAAUUGCUAGUGUACCAGACCGAAGUUACUGAAGCAUGUAAAGCUGUGAAGGAUUAUUGCUUACCAAGAGGGAAAGGUAGUGGCGGUCAAUAUUGUCAAGAGUUCGAAGGGAAAUAUAGGGAAUUCUGUGAAGAGAAACUUUCAGAAUUAAAAUGUACGGCAGUAUAUAGCGAAAAAUCAAUAGCCCCUGCUAUAUCUGGUACAAUUGCCACCACCACAGUAGGACUUGGCACUGUUGCAUUCUUUUUAUAUAAGGUAAUAAUAACAUCUAAAGAGUAUAGGCAAUAUAACUAA